ACCUCUUUGCAAAACAGAAUCAAAUAUCGGAUUCUCAAACCUUAUCCCUACAAAAGUGUUAGCCACAACUAUCUUUUCUGCACUCUUCAGAAGAAACACAAAAGCUUAAACUAAAAGUUAUUUUCUUUUUUAUUUUUUCUUCCAAAUGUGGUGUCUCCAGCUCCAUUAUUCUUCAUUGCUUCCUUGCAACUCAAAACCCAAACCUUAUCAUCAGAAACUACAACACACUACAAGUCUAUUAUGGCUUUAUAGUGUUCCACAACUGAGGAAUAAUCAACACUUUUCGUUAAGAAGAAAAACCAACAACAACAUGGCACUUCCACAUUACAUUGUUGUUGCUGCUACUUCCCCACCACCAGAACCCGUUGACAUCUCAGUUUUUGUCCCAGUAAGUGUUCUCCUUCUAUCAUUUUAUUUGAUUACAAAUUUUUUGGUGCCGGAUUUGAUCACGAAGUAUUUUGGGUUUGAUGAUACAAAUAAAGAUGAAGACGAAGACGAAGACGAAGA